AUGUGGAAUGCUGUAAGAGAUUCUAGAGAUCAAAACAGAACUAAGAAAGGCAAUGUUAUUCCUUUUGGAAGAAUCAUCACCAACAUUCUGGUUCAAACCAAGAUGGUUGUUAAACUAGAAUCUGAUGGUAUCAUCAAGGAUCUUGUCACUGUCACUGGAAGCAUCUUGAAUGCUAACACCUUGAGAAAGAUGAAUCUUAUUCAAGCUGUUGAACAUGUUCCUCAAACUAUUCCUGGAAUUAGAAUCAGAAGAGGUCCUGUUCUAGCAGAGUUUGAAACGUUUUUUAGUAAAAAACUAUCAGAAGUUGAGGUUAAUUAUCGUAAGACUCUCAAGAAGGGUAAUGCUAAUGAUGCUCCUGCUGGAGUAAGUCGUCAAAAGCAUUCUACUUCGAUGGCUGAAGUCUCAGAAGAUGUUCCAGAAGUUGUUCAUCAGAAGGAAAGAAGAACAAAGCCUGAGAAUAUACAACAAGAAGAUGCUGAGAAAAAGAAGAAGAAGAAGAAGUCAAAGAAAGAAGUUGUUGAGAAAAUUGCUGAGAAGGAUGUAGAGAAGAAAAAGAAAAAGAAAAAGAAAAAUGUUGUAGUUGAAAAGGGGUCAGAAGAAGAAGUGAUUCAAGAGGAAGUGAAUACGGAAGAAGAAGAAGAGAAGGAAGCUUCCAGAAAGAGAGAACUUGCUCUAGAAAAGUUAAAAGCUGUUUCUGAGAAGAAGAAGCGAAAGGCUAUGGAAGAUGUUUCUGAGAGGCCUCAGAAGAAAAGCUCUUCAGCCCCCGUUGAACCACCUCAAAUUACCAAAGUUCUCACCCCUCCUUCUUCACCCGUAACCAACACUGCUUCUGACCAUCCCAUUAAUACACUCGUUCUUGAUAUUCAACCCCUUCAAACUCUCUAUACUCCUCACUCAAAUGUUCCCAUUUCUCAACCUCCACCUCAUGCAAACUAUUCCCCUAUUGCUAACCCAGUUACAAAAAAUUCUCCUGAAUCAGAAUCUAAAAGUACUGGUUCUUUGGCUCAAUUAUUUCGUGACUGCAACUUCACUCCCAAACCCCGUCCUGAACCUGAGCUUGUGGUGUUAGACGCUGAGUCAUAA